UUUUACUGUCGUGACCUCAGACUCAGAGACGUGCCCACUGGCUCGCAUUCCACCACAACGUCUUAGCAAGCAAUUAAAGUGGCUUCAUUGCCCACUGUCUGUUUCUGCAACACAAAGCAAAAGUACAAUAACUCACUCAAUGUCUUACCAUUAAUCUAUGUAUCUUCUUCACUGCUAUGAAAACACAGUCAUUUAGUGAAACCCACAUGGAUCUCCUUUAUUUCUCUCAUUUACCACCUCUCUUUGACACAGCAGCAAUAAAUAAACAAAACACUAACUUCAUUUUCAAAGGUAUGGGUUUUGUAUAGUUUCUGUGUACGCGGUCCCCUUUCUUUCUCUUCCACCGCCUUUUAUCUUCACGGAUUUUCUGGUAAACUUUGGUGUUCUCUGAAUUUUUUCUAGCUGUGACGAGAGAAAGUUGAUUCCGUUUUUUAUUUUUAUUUUUUCCCUUGUGCGGUUGGGUUGAGUUGAUUACUUUACCAUUAUAUAAGGUGGUGUUUUCACUUGCGUGACAAACAAACACACUCUUUUUGGAGCCCAUUCUCAUUUGUGACAUUAUGAAGGUUUCUGGCUUAUGGGUCUUGCUUUUGCUCUUCGUUUUUGGGACAACUUUCUUGUCCCUUAACGUCUCUGGCAGAAGAAUUGUCUCCCUUGUUCCCGAUGAUGAUGGUACGAGGGUGGCCACAACAAGCAGGAGGCUGAAGGAAAGUGGCUAUAAUUUUGGCACUGACAAGGAGAGUCAAGUAGGCAAUAUAAAUCUGGAUGAUUACCACCCCAUUGAUCCAGUUCCAAGUACAAAGACAUUAAUAAGACCCGGACCUAUUGAGCAUGGAACUCCUGUCAAUCCAUAUAUUCCAAGGUCCUCUCCUCCUACUCCCAGUCCUAGUUCUCCCAAGAUUGGCGGUUUUACUUAGCGUACUCAAGAUUUGUUCCACAGUAGCAGACAUGAUCAAAAGAAAGAUGCAGGAUCUUGCUAUUAAUAUGCACGUUUGGUUUAGGGCCAGGGAAAAAAAAAUGCACGUGUUGUUCAAACCAGCUUGUAUAUUGUAUAAUGCUUAUGCAGCCAACUUAAAUAUUUGAGUUUGCAGUGUACUAUUUUAUGUUUUUUAAUGUGGAAAUCUUAUCCUAAUUAUUUAAA